AUGUUUAAAUUUGGAAGCAAGAAAGACGUAAACACCGAUUAUAAAUGCACUAUUAGGUUACUUGAUGAUACAGAAGUUAUUCAAUGGGAUUUUCAGUGUGAACAUAAGGGCCAGUAUCUUUUGGAUUGUACCUGUAAUGCCUUAAAUUUAAUUGAAAAAGAUUACUUUGGACUUCGGUAUGUAGAUUCCCAUAAGCAAAGGCACUGGCUGGAUCCCACUAGGUCUAUUCUUAAACAAGUGAAAGGCAUGAACCCAAUCGUCUUUUGCUUCAGAGUGAAAUUUUAUCCACAAGACCCUCACCGUUUGCGGGAAGAAAUCACACGGUAUCAAAUUUUUCUUCAGUUAAGACGUGAUCUUCUUCAUGGCCGACUAUAUUGCUCUCAGAGUGAUGCAGCUUUACUUGCAGCCUACAUUAUUCAAUCUGAAUUGGGUGAUUAUGAUCCUGAUGAACAUCCGCCAAACUAUGUAUCAGAAUUCAAGCUGUUACUUAAGCAAACACAAAGGAUAGAAGAAAAAAUUGCAGAAAUUCAUCAAAAGCAGUUAAGGGGGAAAGUACCUGCCGAUGCUGAAAUUUGUUUCCUACGUAAAGCUUGCUUACUUGAUACAUAUGGAGUUGACCCUCAUCCUGUGAAGGAUCAUAAGGGGAAUCAAUUGUAUCUGGGCAUAAACUAUGCUGGUAUUCUGACAUUCCAAGGGAGUCGUAAAACGCAUCAUUUAAAAUGGCCCGAUAUACAGAAAAUAAAUUAUGAAGGGAAAAUGUUUAUAGUUCAUUUGCUGUUUAGUGAGGAUGCAAGGACAAAGAAAAAGCAUUUGGUAGGGUUCAAAUGUCCUUCUCAAGCUGCAUGUCAUCACCUUUGGAAAUGUGCUGUUGAGCAAAGAUACUUUUUUACGAUGGAAUCAUCUAGUGAAGUACCACAAGUGACGACAAGUGGUGGAAUAUUUUCAAGAGGAUGUAAAUUUCGAUACAGUGGUCGUGUGGAAAAGGAAAUUGUGGAGGACACAAAACAAAUUAAUCGAGAGCAACCUCAAUUCCAAAGGUCACUCACAAGGCCACCCUCAUUUCGCAGCAAACUCUUUGAUGGAUACACCAGUUCACCCUCUACAUCCCCACAUGAUGACCACAUCAUUAAUGAUUACGCCUGGAGAAAUGUCACCGCUGAAACGAUCAAGAACAGUUUUAUUAAAGCUGGAUUCGGAGAAAAAAUGCCAAGGCAAGAGGAAGUGCAAGAAAUUGAAGACUUUGACAUUGAGCUUCAAGAUUCAGAUUGGAUGGAAAUUAAAAGAAGCAUGGAAGUAGACGUUUCAUUUGAAGAUUUUGUAAACGUGGAUGAUUCUGUGGCUACUUGGGGUGUCUUUACGGACGAAGAGAUCAUUAAAGAAGUUCAGGUCAAUUCCGAAGACGACGAUGAUGAAACAGAACCGACAGAAAUUCCCAAAGUCAAUUUAAAAAAAUGCUGA